AUGAAUGGAAUGGAAAGCAAUUGCCUGCCUACCAAGACAGAAGCUAAAAGGUAUCUGGAAGACACAUCUAUUCGUCCAUUUAAGAUUCAAGUCUCAAAUGACGUGCUGAAUGAUCUGAAGAUGAGAUUAGAGCGUACUCGAUUCGAAGACCCUCUGGAAGAAUCCAUGUUUUUAGAUGGCUUCAAUCCCAAUUAUCUUCGAGAAGUAGUAGAAUAUUGGAAAAGCAAAUACAAUUGGGAGAAAGAAGAAGAAAAACUGAACAAAUUUCAGCAUUUCAAGACACGCAUCGAAGGACUUGACAUCCAUUUCAUGCACGUGAAACCCACUAAAGAAGAAGAAAAGAAGGUGGAGGUCAUUCCUCUUCUUCUUAUCCAUGGUUGGCCUGGAUCUUUUACGGAGUUCUACAAGAUUGUUCCUAUGUUGACGACCCCAAGAUUGGAUUACAAUUAUGUUUUCGAAGUUGUAUGCCCUUCCAUUCCGGGAUUUGGCUUCUCUGAAUCACCGACCAAGAAAGAUUUCAAUGCGAGAGCAGCUGCGAGAAUAUUCUUGACCUUGAUGGAGCGUUUAGGACACUCUAAAUUCUAUGUUCAAGGCGGGGACUGGGUAUCACACAUCGCGUCUCUCAUAGCGAGGUACUAUCCAUCCAGGUUGCGCCAUGUCUGACAGUCCAGCUGGUAUGGCAGCCUACCUUUUGGAAAAGGUUCCCUUCUGCGUGAAUCGCGAAUACCUUAAAUUACCGGAUGGUGGUCUGACCAAGAAUUUCUCAAUGGACGAGUUGUUGACUAACGUUA